AUGAGCCCGUGGAUUUGUACUGAGCUGUUCUGGGAUAGGUUCGAGCUCUUCCUGCUCGGCGAUGGCGAGAAGAAGGUCGAGAUGAAGCAUGACACCCGCGUACCGAACACUGCCAUAUUCACCUUCAACAAGGAGGACCACACACUUGCGAAUCUGCUAGCCGCGCGUCUGCACAAGUACAAGUACGUCACCUUCGCGGGCUACAAGGUGCCGCACCCGCUCUUCGCCCGCUUCGAGCUGCGCGUCGGCACCGACGGCACCGUCGCUCCCAAGGAGGCCAUUGUCAAUGCCUGUCGCGACAUCGUCCAGGACCUCGAAGUCUUCAGCCGCGAGUUCACCAAAGAGAUGGAGCUGAAGAAGAUCGCCAAGGCUGGUGGCGAGGCUUGA